ACAUCUGCACCAAAAAAAUCAUCAGAUUCAUUUUUACGUGUUAUUCUUCAAGACUUGUAUCCAUUAGUGAGCAAUUAUUCGAAACGCAAGCAAAAAGUCAAUUAUAAACAACCAAUAUCUGAUGAAUAUCUAUAUUUAUCUAAUCAACGGCAGCAUAUGAGCAGCGUUGAUGAUUCUAUACACCCGACAAAACUAUCUCCACAACCGCGAGAACAUGAUUUAAUGAAUUUUGACAAUAAUGAUCAUAUUUAUCCAGCAUAUUCAACAAACUAUGUCUCAAUAAAUACGGAUCUAACAAAAGUAGAAGAAAAAGAGGGUUUGUCAUCAAAAUCGGUUUUAUCCAUAUUACCAUCAGAAUAUUUACAAAUGGAUAAAGAUACAACUUAUUCACCGAAUAGCCUAACGAAAAAACACCGAACACCACCAAAUUGGUCGAUAUUAUGUUGCAGCAUAGUCAGUUUAUUUGGCUUUCUCUUCUUAUUUAUAUUAGGCUGGUCUUUUUUCAUCAACGGUGGAACAUUAACUGAUGAUAUCAGUUCACUCAUACAAAACGCAAUAAAAAAAGAUGAAAUCGAGCUCAAACAAGAAAUUGAACGAAUUUAUAGACAAUCGAGUAUAUACUGUUGGUUUGCUUCAGCGGUCUACAUUAUUGUGUUUCUCUUAUGUUUUAGUGUUCUUAAACUAAGAUUACGAAACGAUAAUAGCGCAAAAUAUAAACAAUAA